AUGAUUGUUCUGCUUCUAUUAUUUAUCCCAAUAAUUGCUCUGAGUGUGAUCCAUCUUGGAAGCAGAAUCUUGAUCAACUUCUCUCCACGGUUACUGGGGACAGCAUGCCUGAUGCCUGUUAGUAGCUUCUCCUUGGGCGACAUCCUGUCUGCAUUUUUCAGCUUCAGUGAUCAUCUGACAGUCUGCCUGGAGACUGGCUUCCAAAAUGUACAGCUGUGUUUUACCAUUCUCAAAAUGACCUUUGCCCCUGAAGUCAUUGGGCCACUCUUUAUCUUCCCUUCUCUGUAUCUGAUAUUCCAGUUGGGAGAGUGCCUUCUCCUAGUGAUCUUCAGGAGCUAUGAAAAGAUAAAGGAACCAAAUGGAAAGUACAAUCUUUUAGAAAAAACAAAUACCCCUUCCUUCCUUUCCACAUCAACACUUAUUCUAUAGA